AUGAACCGAGCCAUAGCCACCUGCUGCAUAUUCCUGCUUCUCUCUGCUUUCCUGUGCGACCAGGUGAUGUCCAAAGGUGGCAGAGGAGGUGCCAGGGGUUCUGCUCGGGGUUCUGCCAGAGGUUCCAUCCGAGGCAGUGCGCACGGAGGACGCUCAUCCCGCAUCGGUGGCUCGUCCUCUGUGAGGGUGGCAGGAGCGGCUGCAGCUGGUGCUGCAGUAGCGCUGGGAGCUGGAGGAUGGUACGCUUCGGCCCAACGUAAACCAGAUGACAGCUCUGAGCAUGGGGACGAUUAUUACAGCAACAGGACAGACUGGGAACUUUAUCUCGCCCAAACGUCUAGCGCAGUGACCCAUAAUUUCAAAUAUAGUGGACUGUUCUCAUUACUACUGCCAGUAAACUUUCUGCUUCCUUGA